UCCUCUAUCUGGCUCUUCGUACAGCCUCUCCUGUCCAUUCUGCUAUGUUUACUGUUUAAUUCAUUGAGCUGGGGGCUUUUGUGUUUUGCACAGCGAGCUGUUGAAUCACUGUUUUUGUUUGCACUGUGAACAGACGUCGUAGUUAACGUUGAUUUCUUUCAACAUGGAGUCCGGGGAGGCCAACGAGGAGAAGACAGGCUCUCUGUCGGCGGCGCAGAAGAGAGCAGAGAUCCGGAGGAGAAAACUGCUCAUGAAUUCAGAGGACAGGAUGAACAGGAUCGUGGGCUUCGCCAAAAACGAGUCUGAAAAUAACGCAGGAGCAUCUCGGCGUCCCACAGAACCCCGCUUCCACCUCGACCUCGAAAGGACAGAGCCGUGGUCUUCAUCAUCGUCUUCACCGAGACCGUCACCUUUCCUACCAGAGGCUUCAGGGCUCGGCAGCCGCUCCCUCAGUGCCACCCCAGAGAGGAGGGGCUCGCCCCUGCCAGACUGCAGCGACCUACCUGGAGGCUCUCUGGAAGACGACAUUGGAGGGGUCCGGCAGAGACCGAGGGGGGAGCGGGCAUCAGACGACCUCAGCGGGUCCCCGCGCCGAGGCCUCCAGAAGUACCUGUCUCGUUUUGACGAUGCCAUGAAACUGCGGGGUCAGCUGGCCAAUGAGAAGCCGCCCCAGGACGGAGGGUCGGACUCAGAGGAAUUUGAUCCUUUCAGAAUCUUCAGGCUCAUCGGCAGCAUCCUCCUCGCUGUUUUUGUCAGGGUUUUUGUCUGCAAGUAUCUGUCAAUAUUUGCUCCAUUUCUGACCCUUGAACUGGCCUACAUGGGGCUGUCCAAAUACUUUCCAAAGGUAGAGAAGAAGACCAAGACCACUGUGCUAACCGCUGCCCUGCUGCUGUCUGGUAUCCCCGCCGAGGUCAUCAACCGCUCCAUGGACACCUACAGGAGGAUGGGCGAUGUCUUCGCCGACCUCUGCGUCUACUUCUUCACCUUCAUCCUCUCGCACGAGAUCCUUCUCUUCAUUGGCUCAGAGACUCCCUGACGGACCAGGAGGAUCUCAGCGACCCAGCCUUCUUGUUGACCCCUCCCUCUGUCUCCCAUAGCAACAAAGCAUGCUCAUUUACACCUUCUGACGUGGGUUUGUUGUUGAUGGUCUGGAAACGAAUCCCUGCUGACUGGGGGUUGUGCGUCAGCUGGGCGAGUGUUCGUCAGUUCAGCUCUGCAGGAUUCCACUAAGGCUAAACUACAUGUAACCAGAGUCCAGUGUUUGUUACAGAUCUCCAAGCUUUCUUUGCUCGGGACAGAAGCUCAGAAAAGGAAGAAUAGUUUGUGUUUACGUGUGUGAAGAAUGUACAGCCAUUCAUAAUGCUGGUGGAUAUUUGUCAGGUUAAGCGCCGAAAAUGGUAAAUGUACUGAAAAGAUGACAACAAUACAGUUCAUCAGCCACAGAUUCCAUUUAACUUACGAAUGGGAAACUCUAGAGUCCCUCAAGGGCUGGGUGAUAUUUCCGAAACUUCUGAAGUUGAUGCAUAUCAUGAUAUACAUUAUAAAAACUACAUGUGUGGAAAACAGUAUCUUAGGAGCUUAACUUAACACCAGACUAAAAGAUAUACAUUUGCUGCUUUCUUUGAGAGGAUUUGACAGAAUAUUGUUACAAGAUAAUACAAGAAGUUCAUAUUGCCAUGAUGCAAUUCCACUGAAAGCCAGUGGACAGUAAUAUUGAAUUAUUGCCCAGCCCUGAGUUCAUGUAUAUCUCAGUAAACUCCAAAGACAGUGCGUAAGCUUGGUGAGGUGUCAUAUUCUCAGCCAGUACAAGCCAGACUCCUCAGCUGGUUUCUGACCCUGCUGUAAAACCAAAUCUACUUUGGAGGUAAAUGAUCUCUCAACUAAUAUACAACACUAUGAAUGCCUUUUUUGUCACAUUAGUCAGCCCUGCAGUCAGUAAGCAGCGGUUGGGGGUCAGUGCAUUUUCAGUUUAUGCCUUUUAAAACCUGAGUCUAUACUUCACACAGAGCUAACUUAACCUUUUUGGGUUAAAAGUGAUUCAGUUUAUUUCAUUUUGACGUAAUCAAGUUCCUGAAUUGACUAAAAUGCAAAUGAACUGACCACAGCCUUCGUGUGAAGAGGUUUAUUGAGGUUCUUGUUCCGUUAUGACCAACAGCCGACGACUGAAUUAAUCAGAGAACAUGAGAACUGACAGACAGCAGGUGGUUUACAGUUCCCUUAUAUCAUCACCUCUGCUGAUUCGUUGCAGUGUCUGUGCCUCAUGCUGUGGACGACCUUGAGGCUUUACAGUUGUAUCACAAAUAGUAACCAUUGUGGCGGUGCAACAGAGAGCUUCCUUAAAAGGAAAAAAAGGCUUAAUCACAAAGAGGUUUGGAACAUUUAAAAACACGUGCUCUGAUAUUCCUUUCAAGAUUCAGAACAUUUGAUGUCUGACUUUAUUCUCAGGAUUCUGAUUUAAAUCUUUGAAUUAUUUCUCUUUUUUUGUUGUUUUGUAUGAAUUCUGUGAUUAAUCUCAGAGACCUGACAUUUUUUUUUUCACACAUGGCCCUCUUCCCUGCCAUAUAUACAUCAGCUGGAAAGAAAAAAAAGAACCACAUUUUCACAAGGACCUCCAGCAUGGCUGCACGGUCACCUUAAAGCUUUCUGUCGAGCGCGAGGAGGGAAGGAGUUCAGGAAGGAAAUACAUUCCUGAAAUCAGACUACAUUUAAACACACUAAUGAUCUGAUAGUAGGAGACGCAGCCGUGUGAUCCUAGAUCUUGAUCUUAAUAUCUUGUACUCAGCUAGAGGGCCGAGCAGAAGGCUAGAGGAGACAAAGCUGCUGUGGCUAAAUGAGUGUGAAUGGAUCGAGAACAAAUGAGCUUUUCUCGAUCGCAUCAAACUCAAAGUUUAUUAUUCUAAGGUCACAACACAUGGACGGAAAAUCAGAACUUGGUUUGAUAGAGCAACGGUAGUGAGUUGCUGAUGAUUUUAAUAGGUGUCUCAAGAACGUAACCUUUCCUUUAAUUGGUGGAUAUGAAUCAUAUGUACUCGUGUUGUGAUAGAUUUCCUCAUAGGCAGCACUUUAAGUUGUGUUUUCUGUUGCGACCUGUCAUCAAGUGCUCAGAAGGGUCCACCUACAUCAUGAACAAGUUUACUCCUGUGUUUAAGUUGUGAAGUCAGAAGAAGCAUUUAGUCCUUGAAUGUGGAGUGUAUUGUUUUGCACGGCUAUGAGCUGAAAAAAACGCAGUAAACUUUAUACAGUAUUUGUACUUACUGAAAAGUCUGAUGGAAAUGUUAUGGGUUUUACUGGAAAGUGCUGUCACUGCAGUUUUGUGUGAGGCAGUGAGAGCUUGUACGCUUAUUUGUGUUGAGUAACCCUGGUGACGUGUCCUGCUUUGCUUUCUUCAAGCCUCUUUCACACAUGCUUUAUCUACAGUAUACCCUCUGCUUCUGUGCUGUCGAUGUUCUCGCCGCAUACUUUUAAUUUCAUCCAAAUUAAUUUAUUAAUGUGAAUACAUUUUCUUCAUGUAAAUGAAUUGGUGUGGUUUAUCUUACGACUCGUCUGACCUACUUGAUUGUUUUUGAUAACGUUUACAGAAUAACUGUUUUUAAUGGCUCUUACAGUACAUAUUUGAACCUAAGGAACAAAUUUAGUGUUGACAUGAAGUAAACAGUUUCUGAUUAAGAAGAUACACGGGAAUUAAUAACCGGACAGUUCAUACCAAAUAAAUACUACUUGUGUGACAUA